UUCAUAAUCCUCACAACAAAAUCUAAUUAACAAACAAAAAAAACAGAGUCUGUCUUUGACUUUCCAAAAACAGAGCUUUUUUUUGCCUCUAAUACUACACAUCAAUGGCGAUUCCUGUGAUUGAUUUCUCCAAGAUCAAUGGUGAAGAAAGGGAGAAGACACUCUCUGAAAUCGCUAAGGCUUGUGAAGAAUGGGGUUUCUUUCAGCUGGUGAACCAUGGGAUACCAUUGGAGCUUCUGAACAAGGUGAAGAAGCUUGCCUCAGAUUGCUACAAAACAGAGAGAGAAGAAGCGUUCAAGACCUCAACUCCAGUGAAGCUUCUCAACGAGCUGCUUGAGAAGAACUCAGGAGAGAAGCUCGAGAACGUUGACUGGGAAGAUGUGUUCACUCUCUUAGACCAGAACCAAAACGAAUGGCCAUCAAACACCUCCGGCCUCAAAGAGACGAUGGUGGAAUACAGAGAAGAAGUGAGGAAGCUAGCGAGCAAGAUGAUGGAAGUGAUGGACGAGAACUUGGGUUUGACCAAAGGUUACAUAAAGAAGGCUUUUAACGAAGGGAUGGAAGAUGGGGAAGAGACGGCUUUCUUUGGAACCAAAGUCAGUCAUUACCCACCUUGUCCUCAUCCAGAGCUUGUCAGUGGCCUUAGGGCUCAUACUGAUGCGGGAGGUGUGGUUUUGCUGUUCCAAGACGAUGAGUACGAUGGUCUUCAAGUGUUGAAAGAUGGAGAGUGGAUCGAUGUUCAGCCGAUGCCUAAUGCUAUUGUUAUCAACACUGGUGAUCAGAUUGAAGUUCUUAGCAACGGAAGGUACAAGAGUGCAUGGCACAGGGUGUUGGCAAGAGAGGAAGGAAACAGGAGGUCCAUAGCUUCCUUUUACAAUCCGUCGUACAAGGCGGCCAUCGGGCCAGCGGCGGUGGCGGCGGAGGUAGCAACCGAGGAAGGAAGUGAGAAGAAGUAUCCAAAGUUUGUGUUUGGAGACUAUAUGGAUGUCUAUGCAAACCAGAAGUUCAUGCCUAAGGAGCCUCGUUUUCUUGCUGUAAAGACUCUUUAAGUGUCAAUUGUAUCACUAUUUUAUUCAAUCUCAUGAAUCAUGAUGUAUUUUCACUUUUAAGUUAUUAAAUACCAAAUUUAAUAAUAAUUGAUAAUUUGG